AAUGACGUUUGCUUUCGUUGUGUCUGGAUGAGACUCCUGCAUCCAGCUAUGGUGUCGGUCCUGAAGCUGCCCGGUCGCCAGAUGAGGACUUUGCUGCACAGCGACUGUACAUCUGGCUGCUUUGCGCCUCACGACGGGUAAAACAAAGAGGCGUCCCGCACGGCUGGCUGCUGGGGAGGGCAGCUCGCGCAUCUGUUGCCUGGGUGAACUAACAUCACGUUAGCAUUUAGCUAGCUAGUUUGUGACCUAACAAUGAGCCUGUUUUUCAUAUGUGCCAAUGUCAUGUCGUGCUUUCGUUCGAAAGCAGUUCUUCACUGAUCAAACGUCCACGGCYCGACGGGCUGCGCUCAGAGUGGGACCAGAAAUGACUUUUAUGCAACCUUAAAAAGGCAGAUUUUAGGCUAGCACCGUUUUUUWWAAAAUAAUUGUGGGCUAUGCGGUUACUGCAGAGCUUAGCCGCAUUGCCGGCAAAUUUGGAGUUUUUGAUUCCCAGUUUAUCUAAAUGUGUUGGAAAUUAACAAAACCGAUGGCUAUAAGCGAGUCAAUAAUCAGCUAGAAGGCCGWACUGUCAAUGGAAUCUUUCCUGCAGAUUGCUCCCCAUUCUCUGGCUAUUGUACUGGCCAGAGAUGGAGGUGCUGAGGCAUCAGCUGCAGCUGGUGUGUCAGAGAGCGACSAGCUUCCGAGGCACCACACUGGUUAUGAGAUUUUUGCCGAUUUUAAAGCGGAAAACUCUCAGCAGCAUAUAUGGAACCAGCGGAUUACUGAAGCUGUGUCGGAGACCUUCUUCCUGGGAUGGAUAGAUGAACACGUGCUACUGAUCCAGGGAAAAGAGGACCAUCUGGAGGUGCUAAGAGAGGGAUGGAUGCGGAGAUCUCUUAACCCUCCGCGGGGCUUCACCAUCAAAUGCUUGGGUGAUGUCUCUCCCAUCAGUAUGUCCCCUAUCAGCCAGUCGCAGUUCAUCCCACUGGGAGAAGUUUUACUAUUGGCUGUCUCUGCUAUGAACUCUGCCCACAAGACUGUCACUCAAGAGGCUCUAACAGAACACCUGCAGACAUGUUUUCCAGGUGUUCCUACACCAACAGAGGAAGCUCUGCGCCACACACUUGGCUUACUGGUCCGGGAACGUAAAAUUUACCCAACACCCGAUGGAUAUUUCAUUGUAACUCCUCAAACCUACUUCAUCACCCCAAGUCUUAUUCGAACGAGCUCAAAGUGGUAUCAUUUAGAUGAGCGAACYUCUGACAGAUACCAGAAUCAGAAACAACAGCGGCAUCAGCAAACUCAAUGCAUCUCUCCUCUUUCUGGCACCAUAACACCAUCCAAUUCAGGGGGAUUUCUUGAUUGCACACACACAAAGUCCAGCCAAAGCCGCUGUGCAGGAGGUGAUGAUUUUUUUUACAGCAGUGGUUAUCGUGCAGAUGAUCCACCCAGCCACCACACUACACUUCAGCGACGGUCUCCGAAAGAACACAGAGACGCAUACUCAUCACAGUACUCCCCACAAACACCUUCUCAGCAAGCAGCUGGCAACUCGGAAAAGAAUCGUAGUUCCCUGGGAAUUCCGUUUAAGGCAGACACCCUCACCAAGCACAGAGGAGGGCCUAUUGGAGGAGGAGGAUGUGGGGACCUAGACAAACAAACGCUGGGCAGUGCUACAGGUGGGAGAAAGUUUGGKUUGAAGUUGUUUCGUCUGAGUUUUAAGAAGGAUAAGACCAAGCAGUUGGCUACCUUCUCUGCACAGUUUCCCCCUGAGGAGUGGCCACUCCAUGACGAAGAGGAACCCAACCACUUGCCCCGUCACGUAGAAAUGGAACUUAUACGUAGAAUCAACCCUGACCUUACGGUGGAAAAUCUGGCCCGACAUACAGCAGUUAUGAAGAGACUUGAAGAAGAACGCACUCAGAGGAGCAAAGCAUCAUCAGCAAAUCAGAGCUCCAGAAGUAGAAGAAGUGGGGGUAGGCACAGAAAGCAAUCUCAAUCCAAACUCAGUCGCUCACAGAGUAAGACGAGGGCAUUCCGCUUUGAAACAACUGAUGGUACCCAUUUAGAGCUAGUUGACAAAGAUUAUAGAGGUUACUCUUCCUCACUUGCACGAUCACCAAGAGAGCAAGCUCUGGCUGUGGAGCGUCAAAGAGCUCGACAUCACCUUGCACACAGCAUUCCCAACAUCCUCGACUCAUCUCAUCUGCCUGUCACACCAGAAUGGGAUGUAUCUGGGGAGCUGGCCAAGCGCCGCAUGGAAAUGCCUUUCCCUGAGCCAAGCCAUGGUCCAUCAACUCAUUAUUCCAAAGUCCACCGCUCACACUCUCAUACCCAGGAGAGAAAAUCAAGGAACGAACGCAGUAGCAAGGCUAAGGAACGUUCUAGAUCUAUGGACAAUUCUAAAGGGCCGCUAGAUGCUGGCUUGAUUGGACCACCACCUGAUUAUUAUGAUGGCCGCAGUCAUUAUUUUACUGAUGAUUGCACUCUACGAGAUAAUCAAAGCUCAUCUCACUACACUCGAACCACACCACCUUCAUCUAAGAUUGCAGCCGAUUCUGCUGGUUUGGAUGGUGCCAGAAAUUAUGAGAAGAUUAAGAGUAAGGACAGUUUACCAACAUACUCACCCAUACCUCUAUCUGCGUCCAACCCCUCUGAGGAUUAUUUUCAGUGUACUGGUAAUUCUGAAAUUGCUCUUACAACAACAGUUAUAUUAGGAACUCAAGGCAAAAACAGCCACAGUGGAUUAAURGCAAACAUUGCUGACAGGCAGACAGAGAGACAGACUUCCAGCCCUUCAAAUGAGGAUUUGUCAAAUGUUGGACCUAAAGGUGGAAGCCUACCUCCAAUACCUCUGUCUAUCCCUGACCCUGCAACUUCAAAUGGACAACCAUCCCACAGUGCCUCUGUUGGCCAGGAGAAACACAAGGAAAUUUUUAGUAAAGAUACGCUCUUCAAGCCGCCUCCCAACCUCUCGCUGCCUGGCUAUAGCUCCUUGAGGAAACCUACAGUUCUUGCCUCAAUUGCUCUGUCUUCAUCCUGUGAUGCUCUUGAUUCCCACAAAGGAUUUGAUGCUCCUAAACCACUUAUAACAACUUUGUCUGUUCCCAAACAGGGAGUGGAGGCCACAUCYAGUGCUGCAGAGAACUCUUUUGACUACUACAAUGUCUCGGAUGAUGAGGAACUUGAAGAUGAAGGGACUAAAGUUCAAAAGGGAGAGGGAAAACCUAAAGGAGGUGUUUCUGAGGUGGAAGGUUGUGGAAUAGGGACCAUGCAGUGGCUGUUGGAGAGAGAGAAGGCAAGGGAUUUACAAAUGAGAUUUGAAAGAACCCUUACUUUCUCUGGUGUUCAAGGAAACCAUUCAGAGCCCCGCCAGAGCCAGCAUUCAGUCCACUCUGCUAGACUUGACAGUAURGACUCCAGCUCUGUCACAGUUGACAGUGGAUUCAAUUCACCACGAACAAGGGAGAGCUUGGCAUCAAACACCUCUUCAAUAGUUGAAAGUAACAGACGUCAAAACUUAGCCCUGAGUCCUGGACACCUCGGCACCACUACUGGCAGCGGUCCUCCUUUUUCCUUCCGUGCUAUUUCAGAAUCUGCCACCACCCAACAGGAGAAACUACAGAAGCCCACUACCUGCCUUGCGUCAAUCACCAGCGUCUAGUACCAGAACUAAGGGCUGAGUGAAGCACAAAGUCAGUGAAAACGGACAGAAAAUCCUAGAACCGACUGCUACACCAUGAAACUGACAGACUGAACUAGGGAAGCUGUGAUGGGUCAACCRUGGGAAAAAGAAUCUAGAACAGUUCAGUUCUGUUUCUGUCUUGCAGAUAUCAAAAUGUGCACUCAUCAACAAAGACAUGCACAAAUGAACUGUAACCCACUCGUUAAAUUCAGUCUUUUACACACCAGUGCUCUAGCAUUUUUUAAAUCAUAUAUAUUUUGKUUGAGGCAUGUGUGUGUCGAUGAUAUGUAUUAUCUGUAAUCUCAGGUUUGUUGUUUGGUUUUUUUCAGUCUCAUUUCUGUUUUUCCUGGUCUGUAUCUCCUGCUGGUGCUACACAGGUGAGAGCUGUAGCUCUGCUGAGGACUGUUACUGAUGCUUUUUCAGCUCUGGUGUCAUAUUAGCCACUUGCAGACACCCUUUAAGGCAAGACAGCAAGAAAAAAAAGAUUUUUCACACAUUGGUAUAUUUUGUGGUAAUUUAUCAUUCAUAAAUCUAAUUUCCAGAUUUUCUGUAAAACUAAUAAUUUGUUGAUCUUACACUUUUUCAGAUAAAUGUGACAAGUCUUCUAGGUUUGAAAGUAUUAGAAAGCAAUUUUUACAGCUUUCUAAAAUGUGACAAAUUUGUGGUUUUAUUGCCUUUGAAACUAUUUUUUUGGUAAAGAGAAUGUUGAAGACAAUUUUUACUUCUGCCAAUUUGGUGCUUCUUAAACAAACUUCUUUAGAAAAAAGCUUAUAAAUUUGAUGUCUAAAACCCAACGAUUUAGAAAAUGUUUGGAAUUAGGUGCAUUAUUGUCAUAAAUAAGUAAUCGUAAAGGAAUUUUCUUUUCCCCCAGCACUGUCUGAUCUAUUUAGGAAGUGUACUAGAUAACUAUCUAGUAACAGAACCUGUAACACAUUUAUUACAACAAUAUUCAGGAAGGAGGCGGAGCCAGACGGUUAAAAGUAAGCCUUAGUAAUUAGUUCUAUUUUAUUUCAACUGUGAAUUGAAAAAUGGAUGUUAUACAUUGAUGACCGCCUGUGUGUUGUAAGUAAUGCACUACUUUAAGAAAAUGAGACAUUAAAUUAAUAAGGCAUUUCAAUUUAUUUAUAUAGUGCCUAUUUACUCAAAUAUUCUCUGAAGGCACUCUUUAAAAAGAAGACAUAUCAAACAUUUUAUAUGCAUAAAAUGUACAGUUUCAUACUAGCUAAUAACUCAUCCAGUUAAGUUCAAUUUCUAAUCAAAAUUGGUGGAAAAUAAGCUUUGUAAGGAAACCAAGUUGGUUGCUUGAAAUCACUGACUUUGAAACACUCAUCUCUCUUGAAUAAACAGGUAGUGAUGGUUUGGGUUGCAAACAAC